AAUUGUGGCUACCCAGCACUUUGUAACAAUGUAUAUUGUGUGAGCUCGUAUCUUUCUUCUGAACAUGCCUUUUGGCAAGCUUGCUGACUUUUGAACAUUUUAAAGUAAAGAAUAGGAUAAAAGGUUUGAAAAGAAUUACCCCCCAUUCAACAGAAUUACCCUUCACGGUCACAAAUAAUCCAGUAGUGGCAAAAGGAUUGAAUUUUUCUUCCACAUACCACUGAUCUCAAAGUCCAAACACAUUGCCAGUCUUUUGUCGACACCUACUGGCAGUGAAGCGGUACUACAAGUAAAACUGCUUCCUAUAUACACAGGGAGUGACGUGUAUUUCUAUCUAUACACCCACUUAACACAGAUACCAAACGACGGGUGUAAAAUAAAAGACAUUCGCGUGUUUAAAUGAAUAUACACGCUAAUUAAUAUAUUGGCAUUUGGUUUUACACAUUCAGGAACAUACGUUACGCACAUACGCUAAGUGAAAUUCGCUGUUAGCCGUGAUCGUUUAACGUUACAGCUAGUUAAUCUCUGUUAGGAUAUGUUGCGUAAUGACUGGACCCGGUUAUGGCGUCUGUAAGUCGUGUGGGAACAUGAGGCGUCAGGAUUUAACAUUAUUUCAGUAUUGGUGCUUGUGAAUAAACUGUUAUCAUGGCUGGUGUGUUUGAUAUCGACCUGGACCCGGCGGAGGACAGCGUGUCAGAUGAGGAGCUCCCUGACGGGGCCAAGAUUAAUGAAUACAUGGAUCAUGGAUGCAGUGGCUUUGAAUUUAUGGAAGACUGCGAGAAGUUUGAGAUCUCUGAAAAUACUGUGAAUCAAGGCACGGAGCAGAUUCGUCCGGAAUGUUUUGAGUUGCUUCGUGUUUUGGGUAAAGGAGGAUAUGGAAAGGUUUUUCAAGUUCGCAAGGUAUCUGGGGCAACUCCUGGGAAGAUAUUUGCCAUGAAAGUAUUGAAAAAGGCCAUGAUUGCACGCAAUGCAAAGGACACUGCUCAUACCAAAGCAGAAAGGAGCAUCCUAGAGGAAGUUAAGCAUCCCUUCAUUGUGGAUCUCAUAUAUGCCUUUCAAACGGGGGGCAAACUUUACCUCAUCCUGGAGUACCUUAGCGGUGGAGAGCUGUUCAUGCAGCUGGAGAGGGAGGGGAUCUUCUUGGAGGACACAGCCUGCUUUUACCUGGCAGAGAUUUCCAUGGCCUUGGGUCACCUUCACCAGAAAGGCAUCAUCUACAGAGACCUGAAGCCUGAGAACAUCAUGCUCAAUUACAAUGGUCAUGUGAAGUUGACGGACUUCGGACUGUGUAAGGAGUCGAUCCACGACGGUACCGUCACACACACCUUCUGUGGAACCAUAGAGUACAUGGCACCCGAAAUUCUCAUGAGAAGUGGCCAUAACCGAGCAGUGGACUGGUGGAGUCUGGGAGCCCUGAUGUAUGACAUGCUAACAGGAGCUCCGCCAUUCACCGCAGAGAAUCGGAAAAAGACCAUUGACAAAAUCCUAAGGUGCAAACUGAACCUUCCACCCUACCUCACCCAGGAAGCACGGGACCUUCUGAAAAAGCUGCUGAAGAGAAACGCAUCAGUGAGGAUAGGAGCUGGUCCUCGAGAUGUUGUAGACAUCCAGACCCACUCCUUCUUCAGACACGUAAACUGGGAUGAUCUGCUGGCUUGUAAAGUUGAACCUCCCUUCAAGCCUUUUUUGCAAUCAGCAGACGAUGUUAGUCAGUUUGACUCAAAGUUCACUAGUCAGCCUCCUGUGGACAGUCCCGAUGACUCGACGCUCAGUGAAAGCGCCAACCAAGUCUUCCUGGGCUUUACGUAUAUAGCUCCAUCUGUGCUCGAAAACAUCAAGGAAAAGUUCACUUUUGAGCCAAAAUCCCGUUCGCCUCGCAAGCUUCUGGGAAGCCCUAGAACACCACUGAGCCCUGUGAAGGUUGAUGGGGAAGACCGUUGGUCUCGAGGUCCACCCUUCCCAGAAGUGAGCAGAAACACGUCGUCUCUCCCGCCGCGCUCUGAUCCGCCCAUGGAGGUGUCUAAUGUGGAGCAGAUGGACAAUAACAGCAGCAUGGAGGUAUCGGCCCCUCUUCCCAUCAAAAAACCACUGGGAUCCAAUGCAGGGUCUGUAGUGAAACAAGCUCACCCAGUGGGCGGCAGGAGACCCAAGAAUUUGAGAAUGAAACUUUGAUGAACGUCGUGAGUUUUUGCACUUUAGGAAUUCUUAAAUUACCCAAAGGCCUUUCUGCACCCAGUUAAACCCUUGCAUACAAGCAUGCAGAGCUUGUUCAGAACAAAGUGUGACCUCUCCUUGCAGUGAGUUGGUCUGCUGCUUGUAAUGAAAGAGGAGACCAUCUUGCACUUUAGGCAACUGUGAGCAUGAAUUUCUCACUUUUUCUUUAUUAUGCCAU